AUGUCGGCCAUCUACAAGCGCACUGAGCGCGAGCGCGAGCGCGACUGGGACACGCAGUCCCAGGGCGCCCCGCGCAGCUACACCACCGUGCGGCGCUACAAGGUGCCCGAGUACGACCUGGCCGGCGACACGUACGAGCAGGAGAUGCGCCUCGUGCACCGGCCCCGCGACGACUACGAGGAGCACCGCGAGGUGCGCAAGGAGUACGUCGUGGAGCGCAACGACCCGCCGCCCACCCGCAGCGAGGUCCGCAGCGAGGUCCGCGAGUACCGCUAUGUCGACCGCUCGCCGUCGCCGCCGCGCCGCGAGGUCCGCGAGUACCGCAUCGAGCGCGAGAUCGACCGCUCGCCGUCGCCCGUCCGCUCCAGCGCACGCGAGAUCCGCAUCUCCCGCGAGUAUGAGCGUGACCUGCAGGAGCAGCAGCGCGACUACCAGCCGUACGACCUCGAGCGCUACUCGCGCUCCACCGAGUUCUUCCGCCCCGAGCCGCCCCCGCCGCCCGCUCCCCAGCCCAUCAUCAUCCGCAACGAGGCCCCGCCCGCCCAGCAGCCCAUCAUCAUCCGGGAGGAAGUGCCGCAGCCCAUCAUCAUCCGCGAGCGCAUCCAGGAGCCCGCCUACGAGCUCAUCGAGCGUUCAGAGGUCUACGAAGACAGACAGGUUGCCAGGCCCCGCGUUGACGAAGACUACUACUACGAGCGCCGCAUCAAGGAAGUCGACCGGGGCGGCCGCAGAGAAGAGCGCUACUUCGACGAGCGCGAGUACCACGACCGCCACGGCGGUCGGGAAUACUACAGUGACGACGACGCUGUCUACGUUCACAAGGAGAAAGACACCUGGGAGCGCGACGGCAGUCCACACGGCAAACGCAGCGCCGCUGCAGGAGCACUUGCCGGAGUUGCCGCAGGCCAGAUGCUCAGACAUCACCGCAAGAGAAAGGGCGAAGAGGCCGGAGGCAGCAUUGGCAACGCCCUGGGCUACGGGACGCUUGGUGCCGUCAGCGCCGUGGCGCUCGACCGCUACAACAACCGCGACCGGUCUCGAUCCCUCUCCUCAGACCGAGGAAGACGCCGGAAGCACAGAAGCAAGAGUCGCCACCGCAGCAAGUCCCGCGUGCGAGAGGUCGGCACACUUGCAGCUCUCGCAGGUGUCGGUCUUGCUGCGUACGCUGUAGGCAAGCGAAACAAGGAAAAGAACGUCCCCGUUACCACUGUAGUCGAAGAACAUCGGAGUAGGUCCCGAAGGCGGAAGGGGGGUUCUAGACACGGCCGAAGUAGGUCCAGGUCUGUGACUGUUAUCGAAGAGACUGGCCGUGGCAGGUCUCGUAGCACGAGUAAGCACCUUGAUCCUGAGCACCGCAAUAGGCGGGCAGCAUCUGUCGGUCUCGCCAGUGCUGCUGUUGCCGGCCUUGUCUCACGCAACCGGAGCAAAUCUCGAAAACGCAAGGGCAAGCGCUCGCCUAGCCGCGUGCGCCAGGGCGCACCCAUCGCUGCCGCCGGUGUUGCCGGCGCAGCAGUCACUGGACUGUACGAGAGGCACAAGGCUAAGAAGGAGGCUAGGGCGCUCUCGCGGUCCAAGUCGAGAUCGCGCUCAAGAUCAAGGUCGGUGCUCUCCCGCCUCACUGGGCGCAGCUCCAGUCGACCUAGAAGCACAAAGAGUGACCCUGUGCUAGUAGAGUACGGUGGUGAUCCAAUCUAUACCGACCGUGAACGGAGCCGGUCGCGCGGUGCACGCAGUAGACGACGACGCGGUUCCUCGUCCUCUUCGGACAAUCGACGCGGUAGCCGAAGUCGAAGCAAGAGUCGCACACGAAAGGUUGCGGAGACCGCCGCGGUCGCUGGUGUUGCUGGAUUAGCCGCUCAUGAAGCAGCAAAGAGGCGCGAUCGCAAGAAGGCUGAGAAGGAGCGAGAUCGACGACAUGAAGACGAGUCUGCCUAUAGUCAAGACAGCUAUAGUCCAGGCGGACGCUACAGUCCUGGCCGCUACAGCCCAGGUCAAUCGACCGCACACCCCAACGAUUCUCGUUUUUUCCCGGAGACCAACUACUUUCCUCCCCCGCCAACAGCUCCUGUUACUGGCAAUCUCCAAAACGCCCCAUAUGCACCCUACAACCCGGCCGACUACCCACCACACAAUGAUUACGGCCCACCACCACCUCCAGCAGGCUAUGUUCACGAGGACAUGCAUCCAGGAAAUCCUUACGUUCGCCCGGACCAGAACCAAUUCUACCAAGCACGUCGCGGAGACGAGAAUGUGAGUGCUCCAGUCCCAAAGAACUCUGGCACCGAGCACGUUACUCCUGUUUCUACGCGUGGUGGGUUUCAGCCUGCCCACGCUUCUGACGAAUAUACUAAUGGUGGCCCAGGUCUAAGCAAUGCUCGCAAAGAAUCACCGACACUUGCACCUAGUCCAGUGAACACACGAGAGAAAGGAGUGAAGUUCGAUCUUAAUCCGCAAGAACAAGAGAUAUCACCUAACCCUUCGCCUGAGCGCAGCACCGAGAACAGAGACCGACAUCGUGAGCGUAGAGACAGUAGUGAUUCUGAUGAGGAAAGACGUGGUGCCGACCAAGACAGAGAUCGUGAUAGGGAUCACAGACGACGCCACACGGACGAGCGAUCCAACGGCUCUCAAGGCUCGGGUCGUGAUCGCAAACGACACCGACGCACUGAAUCACCAGGAUCGGACACGGAUUCCACAAUUGAACUUCCCCCACGCUUCGACGAUAAGGGACGCAGAAAUGAUGAUGAUCCAGCAGCGGACAAGUUGGAGCAGGUCUUACAGUCUUUGUUCAGGUAG